UAAGUGAAAAGGCGUGCCUGUCCAAAAUAUUCAACGUAUAGUUAAAAAAUGGGAGGGCGCACUUGAACUCGUUGAAGUCCUUUAUGAAGGUAGGCUGCAGCGUGUGUUUAUUGAUGAGAUGAAAGAAGAUGGAAGUGAGAAAUGAAAUAAAGUAAGGGAAAAUAUUAAACAAUUCGAAGCCUUGCCGGGGAAAAACCGGGGAAGCUGUGAAUCGCUGUCGCCAUUGGAAAAAAAGCUUAGGACAGCAGCGAUACGUCUGGAUUGGCUCACGAAGACACUGCCAGGACAUCAAAUGUGAUCUGUGAUGUCAUUGCAAGGUGGGGAGGUUUUGGAGGUGUCCAGUUUAAAUUGAAAGCGACCUAGGCAUUAGAAACCAUUCAUCGACUACUGCCAAGGACAUAUGCCUAGUAGGCCAAGGAGGUAUUGAGGCCAUGGAAAGAAAGUUGAGGAGGGGUAGAGUGCAGUGCGCCUUCCAUUGCUAAGUGUACCACAAUCACUGCUAAGAGGUGGGUUCUCUUUUAAUUAUUCGUUUUGACAUCCCAUUCACCAGAAUUUCCUAAGUAACUCGAAGAACCGGAGACAGACAGGUCGAGUGGCGAAUGAAGGAGCCCCUCCCCUGAUAUUAAAGAGCCACUCGCCUGACCUCUGAUCAUUCUCACUUCUUUUCCUCACAGAAGACUUCUACUUAGUUUUCUUCAGCACAACUUGAUCUGUUUUCCUGCUUAACUGUUCACCGGUGUGCAGUCAAGGUUGCACCAACAAGCACAGGGUUAUCAGAUCUCAUCUUUUGUCCUGGGUGACUUUCCUUAAAGGAUACUUUCUACUUCGGGGCGGUAUUGAAGAGACCACUGUGGCAGAGCGACCUGUGAUAGAGGCAAGCAGAGAGGACGGAAGGUAUUGCCUAGCACUGGUCUUCUCUCAGCCACCUCCACCAGGAACCUGUAGCAGUGUGUCCCGUGCCUCAUCACCAGCCUCACACACAUCUUCCCAACCAAGCGUCAUCUGACUGUGUGACAUCAGUUGCAAGGGGAUGACCGAGCGCAUUCAUAACAUCAAUCUCCACAACUUCAGCAAUUCUGUACUUGAGACCCUCAAUGAGCAGCGCAACCGCGGGCACUUCUGUGACGUGACUGUUCGGAUCCAUGGAAGCAUGCUGCGAGCCCACCGCUGCGUGCUGGCCGCUGGGAGCCCCUUCUUUCAGGACAAGCUGCUCCUGGGCUACAGUGACAUUGAGGUCCCCUCGGUGGUCUCGGUGCAGUCCAUCCAGAAGCUGAUAGACUUCAUGUACAGCGGGGUCCUGCGGGUUUCCCAAUCGGAAGCUCUCCAGAUCCUCACUGCUGCCAGCAUCCUGCAGAUCAAAACGGUCAUCGAUGAGUGCACCCGCAUCGUGUCCCAGAAUGUGGGCCUGGCCGGGCCAGGGGGGUUCCCUGUCAACCCAGGAGACUCUGGGCAGGAGACGCCCCGGGGCACACCUGAGUCAGGCACCUCUGGGCCCAGCAGCGAUGCAGAGUCAGUGUACAUGCAGGCCACGUCCCAGCAGAACCUAGAGCGUGCGUACACAUCGCAUUACUCCUACUCCGGCCUUUCACUGCAGAAUGGAACCCGUGAGCGCUCCCACUACGUAACCAGUAUGACAACAAGCUACGACCCAGCCCUCGGCACGCAGAAGGACCAGCAUGACCAGGACCCGCCGUGGAUCACCCGCAUCCAUGAGAGGUCACAGCAGAUGGAACGCUUCCUAUCCACUCCUGAGACCACCCACUGCCGCAAGCAGCCCCGACCGGUACGCAUACAGACAGGAGGCGUUCACAUAAAGCAGGAGGCAGAGGACGAGUACAGCAGCUAUGGUAUGGAUGAGUGCACAGAAGACACAGAACACGUUGAGGGUGUGGAGAGUGAGCCGAAGGGUGAAAGCUUUGACUCAGGGGUAAGCUCUUCCAUCGGUACUGAGCCAGACUCCGUGGAUCAGCAGCAGUACCUGCUUGGCUUUGGGAGGGAAGGGGUUGGAGAGGGGCAACAGUGCGAGGGGACCCCAGUGCAGAUCGAUGUCAAUGACUCCUCCCCAGAGCAAAUGCAUGAGACGGAGGACAGGGGCACAUCCCACGGCACUAGCGACAGUAACAUGUUGCAGGCCCUGCCCAACCCAAUCAUGGCCCAGUCCCUGCCAAGUGCCCCACUCUAUAUGCGCCAGGCCGAAUCUCACACCAGCAACCUGAGGAUGCCGCUCACCAUGACCAGCAACACCCAGGUAAUGGGCACGGCCAGCAACUCCUACCUGCCCAACCUCUUUGCCACACAGUCGGCCAGCAACAACAAGCCCUUCCUCUUCAGCCUGCCACAGUCCAUGGGAGGCCAACAGACCCAGUUUGUGGCCGUGCCGCCCCCUUGUAUGCCCCCAUUCUCUCAGCAGUUGAUGGUACAGCAGCAGGCAGCGCGGGAACAGCAACAGGCGGCCCAGAUGGGACAGGGGGAGAAGAAGCCCUAUGAGUGCACACUAUGCACUAAAACCUUUACUGCUAAACAGAACUAUGUCAAACACAUGUUUGUGCACACUGGUGAGAAACCACAUCAGUGCAGCAUCUGCUGGCGCUCGUUCUCCCUGAAGGAUUACCUAAUCAAACACAUGGUCACACACACAGGGGUGCGUGCCUACCAGUGCAGCAUCUGCAACAAACGCUUCACCCAAAAGAGCUCCCUCAACGUCCACAUGCGGCUGCACCGUGGAGAGAAGUCUUACGAGUGCUACAUCUGCAAGAAGAAGUUCUCGCACAAGACCCUGCUGGAGAGACACAUGGCUCUGCACAGCACAGCGGGCACCGUCACAGGGCUGUCGGGGGCAGCAGGCGCCGGUGGUCCCGUCACCAUUCCCAUGGCCGUGCCCGAACCCGGCGCCGGAGUGGUGGCCCUCGCCAUGCCCGUCAGCGGAGGCGCCGGAAUAGGGGGUGGGGUCGGAACAGGAGUGGGUGUGGCUGCGGAGGCAAGCUGCCAAGAAGGGACCACCUACGUGUGCUCCGUCUGUCCUGCCAAGUUCGACCAAAUUGAGCACUUCAAUGACCACAUGCGAAUGCAUGUCUCCGAUGGAUAAGUACAAAUAGAUGCACUUCUUUAAAAAAAGAAUGAAAAAGAAAAAUGGCACUAGAUUUUUUUAUUUUGGGGCAUGAAGAGUAAUGAGUAUAGACACUGGCACAUUAAGUUUCCCAGAAAGGAGUUUUUUUUGUUGUUAUUCUAAAAGAAAAACAAGAUGGUGGCCUUAAGGCUUUGUAGUUUGAUAUUGAUCCACUGGAUGGAUCCUUACUACAGGCCUCUAAAUGUAUGCUUUCCUAAAAUUACUGAUUUAUGUGUUGAACACUACCGAAAGGCCUACGAAAGAAACACACACAUACACAAAUUCAAACUUACACACCUAUAUACAGUAUAGAUAUAUGUUUGUAUGAGUGUAUGCGUUCAUGUGUGUAUGUGUGUGCUUGUGUAUUUGUAUGUGUGCGUGACUGCUUGUGUGUGUGUGUGUGUGUGUGUGUGUGUGUGUGUGUGCGCGCGUGUGCAAACAUUGCCAUGGAAUUUCUAACAUGGUAAAUGUGAUCCCAUAUUGACCGUUUUGGGCACUAUAGGCGUCCAAGCUUACUGUGGUAUGAUUUUCAAAUAAACAAAAAAAAAAUAUCUGGCUUGGGCUAAAGAUUCCCUCUUAAAAAAUAUUGUUGGUCACAAGUUUGCCUUCUUAUGUCGGAUAAGAAAAGGAGAGUAAUUCAUUUGACACUGGGUUUUUAUUUAUUAUUAUGGUAUCGAGGGAUUAAAAUGCAGCUGUUGUGGAGGUACAAGUUGAUUUGACUAAUUGUACUGAAAUGUAACUUCCUGUGAGUGGGUAUAGGAAUGGUUAUUUGGUUAAUGUUUUACUGUCCAUGCAGUUUAAUGGUUCAGGUUAAAGUUGACGAAAUUAGGGUUGUUGAUAAGACAGUAUUUGAGCAAACAAACAAACAAAAAGUAAUAUUGUUAGGAGUUUAUUUCGUUUGCAUACACUGCCACUAAUAUCUUAGAAGACUGUUCAGGCUAUAACUUAUUAACAGAAGACAGAAGAAAGUUCUUCUUGACUUAAUCUGUUUCUAAAUGAUUGUUUAGUUCUAUGAAGAGGAUUUGACAUGUGCAGUUGUGGCAGGCUUGAGUAUGUCACCAGACUUAUCAUGAUUGCUGCUCCCACAACGUGUACCAGACUGUUAUCAGCUGUAGAUUACGACGCGAUUCGUCAUUAUUACUAUUAUCGUUCAAAUGAUUCAAACAAAAAAUAUAUAUAUUAUUUGAUAAUGGAAUGAUUUACCAAGGAAGUUUAAGACAGCCGUCAAAUGGAUUACCGGUGAAUUGAGAAUGAUUCUGUGAACUUGCAUUGGACAGAAAUAUCAUCCUAUGACCUAAAACUCUUGUCUACCCUGUUCCUAAGGAUAUGACCCAGCUAUUUGAGCAGGUGGAGAAAAUGAAAUGCACUACUCCUGAAAUCUUAGCUCCACCUGGUGGCCCAAAUGGCAUGCCAAGUCCGGACAUGACAUGUAGACAAGAGAGACACGAGGCAAAAUAAAGCAUGAUAACAUAUACCCGGGUCAAUAAUUGGCCUACUUCAUAAUAUACCACAAUUUGCAGAUGGACUUUCCAGACAAUAAGAUACAUUCCUGUUUUCACCGGAUACCUAGACACAAGUGUGUACAGAAUAGAUUUGGGAGUAGGGAGCGGGGAUACCGUUCAAGUGUCACGUCACUCAAAGGCUCUGCUCUGAUAUUUGUCUUGUUGUUCUUGCAUUUUAUCCAAAAUAAGACAGCCACGUCUGCCUGCAACUGCAAUCUGACGUUUUUGCUAAUUUCUUUGAGUAGACACUUUUUUUUUUAGUUACAACAAUGAGAUCGUAACUAACCACAAUUACAGUACAGUCUGAAAACAAUAUGUUGUAGAUAAAAACAAAGUGCUGCAUUGCAAAUUUUCUUCAAAUGCCUGUGCUUAAUAUUGAAUUGUUUUACUUAAGAAAUUAAAUUCUAUGAUUUUCGUUUUUUUUUUUUCAUUUUCUAAAAGGACAUUUUUUUUUUCUUAAAAGCUUGAUAAGAGGACUGCAUUAUUUUCUUGCAUAAAUGUUGCACUGCUUAAACCGAUAAGUGCACUACUGUUACCAGAGAUAUUUUAGUUUUCGAGAAUAAUAAUCAUUUUUUAUUGAAUGUUUGGUUGUAGAAUUCACGUGUUAGAAUAGCUUUUGUUCUAUUUUUCGAUAAGGUAAUUCAGCGUUUCUUGGCUUUUGUUAUUGCUUGCUACUAUAUGUAUUGACUUGUGCUGUGUUUGUGCAAGCAUUUAUUUUUUAUUCAAAUCCGAACCAUCGUGUGAGCUUCUCUCUGUUUUUACCCUUUUUAAAUGUAUUCUUUUCAGGAGUUAAUCCCUUCUAACAGCAGUUAUCGCACUGCAUACAUUAGAACAGAUGCUGAAUUUUCAUACAAAAAGCAUUCAUGCCAAAUGAUACCCCCCCCCAAAAAAAAAAACCUAACUUUUUUUAUAUAUAGUGUGCGUGGACAUAAAUGAUACACAUAAAUCAUAGGUGUGUUUUAGACAUUUCUUUGGGAAUAAGAGGGUGGGUGGGAGAUUGUACGAAGCUUAUUUGCUAUUUGUAAAUUGUUUCACAAGUGUGUGUCUCUUGUGUUUUGUAUGUCUGUGUGAGUGUUUGUGUGUGUUGUAUAAUCAAACUGUUGGUGUCCCAAGUGGAUGUGUAAUACCUGAACUGUAGGGCUUCCUUUGCAAUAUGCAGUGCAGGUACUAUGAGAAGCAGCUUUUGCUAACCCUCAUGGGCUAAUAAACACAUUUGUGAUGCACAUUUACGAAGACAUCUAUUGAUCAAACAUUGAUACUGGUAAAUACAUUGCCCCUAUUGGAAGAAGUAUAUGGCAUUUUGUGCCUAGUGCUUCAGUUACCUUCAUUCAGCUGGUUGCAAUUUGAAAAGGCAAGGUGUACCUGAGAAAAGUCUCACAGCUUCACUGUGUUCUAUCUUUGUCUCUUUCAAAUGGGAAAAACAAGGACGUGAUGAUGAGGACUGUAAUUAACAUAGAUCACAAAGUUCGGAUAUCCUCGUAUUUGAAACAACGGACCUACUGCAUGCAUCAGAGCGGUGUCUUCAUAUUAUGUCAUAGUCUCCAUCUGGUCACUGAAUAGCAUGUGGUUGUCAAAGCGAAGGAAACAAUAUACACUCCCCUACGUGUUUUGUGGGAACAGUGAAUCUACAUGUUUAAUUUGUCUCUGUACCCCAGCAUAUUUUCAUACAUAUCUGUUUUAACGUUUAGAAAUGAAAGCAUGUUAUGUAUGUAGUCCCCCCAUUUGAACGUAUUAGAAGUAUUUGGGCGAAUUCACUUAUAGUGUAUUAUAUUUAGUCAAAAGUUUAUUAUUUGGUCCCAUAUUCCUAACACGCAAUGAGUACAUCAAGCUUGUGACUACAAACUAGUUGGAUGAAUUUGCAGUUUAUAUUGGUUGUGCUGUUGUGCUAUGCCCACUAGAAAUGAAUGGUAAAUAAUGUGUAGUGUAUUUUGGAGUCACUUUCAUUGUAAAUUAGAAUAUCAUAUUUCUGAACGAUUAUAAAUUAAGGUGGAUGCUACCAUGAUUAUGGAUAAUUAUGAAAGAAUCGUCAAUAAUGAUGUGUGAUAAAGUUACAGAGACAUAAAUAUCAUGCCCCUCAUGAGAGGAUAGCAUGUUUUGAGGGAUCUUUGUGCAUCUGUAACUUGGUACAUUCAUGUAAAAGUGUCCAAAAACAUAUUAUUUUCUUAUUUACAAUAAAAGCGACACCAAGUAUUCACUAUAAGUGAAUUUGUCCAAUAUUUAAAAUGGGGAGGACGAGAUACAUAAAGUGCUUUCAUUUCUAAGCGGUAAAUAUUCUGUACUGGCGCUACAUAAGACAAUAUUAAACGUUUUAGCUUCGCUGUCCAAAUAAAUACGUAGGUGAGUGUAUGUGACGUGUGAUUGGCCAGCAGUUUGUUAUCCUCUGCUGCAGAGAUCUCUAGGGUGAACAUAAGCCUAUACCUGCUUCUACUCUAUAGCUUCAAUUGCCACACUAAGUCAAGGAACACUGAAUGCAAUGUUAAUUUGUCUCUAUUUUUGGAGGACUCUCUGUAGGCGUAGGUUUGCUGAGGCAAUGUCCUUAACAGAUGGCUACAGUAUGUAAGGGACUGCUGUGAUCUAUUUUGAUCACAUGUUAUUGCUCUGCCAUACAGUUGUUGUUGGUGUUGGUGGUAGUGUUCAGGGCCGUAAAACCAGGGUCUUAGUCCAGACUGUUUUAAGAAAGUUGAAGCUCAUUUACUGCAUUUCGAUACAGAUUUUUUAAAUGUUUAUCUAAAAUGCUAUUUGGAGAACAGCAAAACGUGACCCCAGCCAUUAUCACACUGGUCGCUGUAGCUUCAUUCACCUCAGUCCAUCUCCAAACACACAGCCUACUGGCUAUACAAUUAGCCGCUACACAUGAACUCAGAACUGGGAUUAAAAACUAUGAUUGAAUACGUACAGAGGGAUAUGUUGGCAGAAAAAAAGUAUUUCAUUAACGAAAAAGUAAACAAAUGAGUUUGUUUUACAGAACAAUUGUUUUUGCAGUUUUACAGCUAAUUUCCUGUCGUUCUCCACAUGUUGCCAUGACUUAUUCCAUGUGAAUGAUAUCUGAGUGAGAGGGACUAACUAAAUCAAUUGAAAUCCCCCUGGGGUGCCCAGACGGUAAUUCAGCCACGAUUACUACAAGUUUAGAUAGCUGGCUAGACUAACUAGACUCAUUUACCAAUCUAAAAAUGUGUUACUGACAUGGGCUAAUUGAGUGACUGUCAGUGAGUGACAUAUAACAACAGGAAAACUACUGAUGCACAACUACGCUUUGAAAUUGCACCUUGUGUAUUCUACUAUUCUAGAACAGUAAGUUGAGACCCUGACGGAGUUCCAUCUUUUGAAUUUUUGUCCAACUAUGUGGUUUACAGCCCUGGUGGUUGUCUGCUGUAUGGAAUAAUAUAGAACUGGUCAACCGUCUAGGCAGAGCAGUACAGUCACCAAAUGAGUCCCAGUAAACACAGUGAACCGUGCACCGUGAAAGCAAGUCCAACCUUCAGUUUCGCAAAACCAGAAUAAUGAAUGCACUCUAUGAUAGCCAUGGAGCCAUCACUUAUUUAUAAUGAAACCAAGACCAGACAAUAGUUGCUUCCAAGUGUAUUACCAGUGAGAUAAUCUAGCAUUAUUUUGUGAUGAUCAAGAUUAUCAAGUGAUAUCAAGUGAUUGUUUGGACCACUUGGCAGUCUUAUACAGUCAGCCUAAAUGAUAUUUAUGUAACACAUGAAUCAAAUGCACUAUUGACUGUAGAUGUCUUUCUUAAAGUGCGUCAUUUUCUCGUUGUCACAGGUUGUUUAAAAAGACAAUAGCGAUGUAGAUAUUGUUUUUUUAAUAGACAGCGUUUUCGAGAGCGGAUUUGGGCUAUAAAUCAUCCAUAUUAUUCCACGGCUGAUGAGAGGUUCAAUGGAUAUACGACAUGACAUUGACAGUACUGAGGUAUAGGCCUGUUGGUUACCCAUAGACGGUUGACCUCACUCAUACGUGUGUUGUUAAGGCAAACUUGACUUACAAGUAGAAGAUUAGCAUUAGUGUCAUCUUAUGAUACCAUACAUUGACAUGGCUGAUGAACUACCUAGGAUUUGUUUUCCAACGGCGCCAUUUUCCCCUCUCCCUGGCCUUACUUAUAACAGCUCUCUUUUUGUUUCAUUCACUUAUUGUACCCGUGGCUGAUGUCCCAUUAUUGUGUUCAAUGAAUAGUCAGAAAGUUGUGAAAACAUGCAAUGCAACCCUGAAAUACACCCCUGUCGUAAUUGUCCCAUUUAUGUUUGUAAGAUUGCUGUAACGUAAUGUGUUUUUUCAACUAUACAAUAUACUCACAGGUAUAGAGUUACGCAGAAUUAAGCCUAUAGCUCUUCGUUCGGUGUUUUAUAACGGUCACUUUCUUAUAUUUCACAUUUUUACUUAAGGGUAGAGACACAGGAUCAGUUUUUCAGUGUUUGAAUCAUCUGUGUGCUUGUGUGUUUCAGGGCUUUACUUUGACCUUUUAUCUGGCAACCAUUGUGUACCGGUGUAUUUGUAAUUCAUUUUUAGUUAGUGGGCAAACAGGAUAGACAGCCAUUGAAGACAUCACAGCUUGCCAGAAGCACAUAUCUUCUGGGUGGACACAAACCUCUUUUCAAAUGAGAGAGAGAGAGAGGGGGGGGGGAAUAUAAGAACUAAAGUAGUGAUAUGCUUGAAUGCCACAGCACAUGUGAUAUACACUCCUAGAAAAAAAAGGUGCUAUGUAGACCCCCCAAAAAAGAGUUGGUCAGCUGUCCACAUAGAAUAACUGUUUGAAGAACCCUUUUUGGUUCCAGGUACAACCCUAUUGGGUUGCAGGUAGAGCUGUUUCUACAGAGGGUUCUAUAUGGAACCCAAAAGGGUUCUGCCCGGAACCAAAAAGGGCUCUACCCGAGUGUGCUUCUUGUUCUAGAAGGCUUAGAAAUACUCAUGCUAUUUGUCUAACAGCUUACAUCAGUGUCCUCACAUUCAUUUCAUGUGCUUCCACAGUAUCUUGCAUAGUAACUCAGAUAGUAACGAACAGUUACUCUGACAGUAAACCUGCUGGCAUACAUUAUAUAGAUCAAUUCCAACUACAUGGUAUCAGUUGAAUCUAAUGGAUAUACAGUACAUGCACCUCUUCAUCAACAACACGUAUAAUAUAAACUUUUUGAGAUACAGACAGAACUGCAGCUAAAUGAAUGUGCUUUGAGGGAUAUAAGGAGUGUGCCUAUCUAUCAAGUGCCUAUUUGUACAGUACUAUACGAAAUCUUCAUAAAGUAGUUUUGCUCUCCUACAGUACAUUUUCCAAAUAUAUACAGUAUAUACACAUGAUAAUCUAUACACAAAUGAUAACAAUAUUUAUACUACUACAACAACAAUGUUGGUCAUAGUCAUAACACAGUGCAUCCUAAGAAAGCCUUUUAAAAUAUCUUUAUCCGCCUCAAAUCUUCUAUUUAUAUACAGAUAGAUUUGUGUUUUUAUUUCCUGCUGUCAUACAUAGCUUUGUAACUAAUACAUAAAGACAAAACCGCUAUGGUAAACAACUGGAGUUAAUUUACUGUAAAACAGUAAGGGUCAUAGCCCACCCAACUCUUCUUCAUUAAAACAAUGAGUAAGCAUGUACAAUAAUAUGAUAUAGUAGCUGGUCCCUAUCUUCAUAUUUGCCAUUACACACACACACAGAAUUGUUUUGUUUGUCUAAAACAAUGUAAUCUCAAAGAGUUUGCCCAGGUUUGUAACCACACCUAAAUUGUCAUGACUUCUGGCUUAUCAGCUUUAGCUAUCAUUCUUCUGCCAUUCUGAACGUCCAUAAUUACAUUUGGGGGGGGUGCUCUUAGUAGUAGCUCUAUAGUGGUCACUAAAACCCUUUUCACAUUUUCUUUUGAUGCAAAAUUCCUACCGCAAUCAAAUGUUGUCCUUAGACAUAGCCUAGCUGUUCUCUCAGAAUUCAAUGAUCACGAUCUCACUUCAGACCUCCCAGUCAGUUGAGCACAUACCGUGUGUUUGUUCCCUGCUUGUAGUUCAUAUCGAUGGAUUGCGUGUAUACUUGUGUCUUUGUGCUGGUUCGGGCGAUGAUAGGCAGUCGAAAUCCGUUUCUGACCUAGCAAUCAACUAUGCUUAUCUGUCCCUGCACAUAGCUACACGUGCACCUGCAUUUCUGUGCAUGAUCAGUCACACAGAUGCAGUACUAUAUUUGAUUCAGCUACUCCAGUCCACAACACCACAGCAAUACCAGUUAGAAGUGCAAACGCGUUUUACGCGAAGAGUAGCAAGCCUUUGUCCGAGUGUCGACUGUAAUAAGUGUCCUUACGAACCAGAAUCGGACAGCUGUCCCAUAUAUCAGCCUCUCUUCAGCAUUCUUCUCUUUACUAUCAUUGUAUAAGAGUGUUACUCUCUAGAAUAUGAUUUGGAGAUCAAUCGUCAUCUUUUCUUGUUUGCGUAUCUCUAACUUGAAUUGAUAGGGAAAAGUUCAUGCUAUACAUUAUCCGAGCCCAAUACCCGCCGCAUAUUUGAAAGAUUGACAUUCCUGUAUUGUCCAGAACAUUCCUAACUAGUCUGGCAUCACUUUACGUGACUAUGUUGUCACAGACAACGUGACCCCCAACAGCCUUACUAGGACACCAGAUCAUUUACUUUCUUUUCACUAUUCGCUGGUCUGCUGGUUAUUCUGUCCUGGGACAUUUUCCCCUCUAAGUUGGUUUAUGUUUAGCUGAAUAUCCGCAAUAAAUCCCACUCGUAUUGAUGUUUCAUUUAAAUGUCACUGGCUAGCUCAAAUUUAGAUGAUUUACAGGUCAGUCUCAGAAAAGCAGUGCUUAGCAUCUCUUGCAUUGAUGAUUCCAUCAUUGUAUUUGCUAUAGCUUCUAAACCCAGGGCAAAAUAUGCCCCUGCGUACACGACAAUGGUUUGCUUGCUACCAUGGCGUGCUCUUCUGGACCAUGGUGUGCUCUGGUGCCUGUCUGAUUGGGUUUCAUAUGCAAUAUCUCAACCCCCCAGUAAAUGUUGUCUUUUAGUUAUAGAGAAUACUGAGUCAUCCAGAAGCUGUGGCGUUUGAAAGGUGCUGAAUAAAAGAGCCUCAACAGUAGCUUGCUUAGCACCUUUGGAUUGUCUUGGGGCUUUCGGCAGGUCUCUUGAACUUCUAACAUGUCCAGAAGAUAGUUUAUGUCUAUGGUAAGAUUAAGCAACAUGCACUGCACUGUGUUACCCAUAUGUUUUUCUAAGUUGGUCCCUCUUUCACCUAAUAGGUUCGGUUAACACUUUCUGUCCACUUUCGGCUGUGUUCCCCUUCCCCCCCAUACUUGUGGUCUCGCUCAGCAUGCAAUCAUAUAUAAUUAGUUUGAACAUGCAGAACGUCCAUGACAAUACGUUGCUUUGUGUUGUUGUUGAAGGUGUGUUGUUGUUGAAGGUGUGUUGUUGUUGAGCCAUUAGGGGGUUAUUGAACAUGUUGGAUGACAUGUUUUUUUGUUCUUGCCGUAAACACCAAAGAAUCAUAAGAAUAUCACAGUGUCUUGAGUUUCAAGCAGAAAGAACAUAAUCUGUUGUGUAAUCGAUAACAAAGACUACCAAGGUGUACGUUCCUGUACAUUUGUGCGCGUUCAAAUCUGGCUAGAUGGCUACUGUUCUAUUUUAUUUUGAUACUAAAGACAGGGUGCUUGUGAAAAUGCGUUACUGCGUUUUAUACUCUGAUCACGAUCGGUAGACUGUAGUUGAAUAGUUGUGUUGAUGUGCCUACUGUAGACCAAAAUAGCUUUUCUAAAGAAAUUCAGCAAAACAGAAAAAAUAAAUCUGACACGUAGUAGCUGGGAUGUAAAACUAUAGCAUGUUAUUACAUGAAUAAGAUUUUUAAAUGUUGCAUUGUUCCUCUGCUUAAAAGUAAUACCCAAUAUCUAUUAGUUAUUUUUCUCUCCAUACUCUCAGCUAAUUGAUUUAGGCCUUUCCAAUACGCAUUUGAUUUGGUUUGAUUCAUCUGUUUGUCUUUGUUUGAUCCGUUCAUCUGCUAUUCCAGUUUUCAGCAGUUGAUUUCUUCCUGCCGUAUUGUUGAUUUCAAAAGCUUUUAUUCUCUAAUAAACAAAAUGCACUGGAUUGGUGGAAAACUGAUACUCAACUGAAGUGCCAUGCACAAUUGAUCAAUUGGCCUGACUAAUAUUCAAAAGACACAAGUUUCAAAAUGUUUUUCAAACAUAUAGUGGAAGAUCCAUAGCAAAUUUAUACCGUUUUUUUUUUCAUACUUUGAGAUGGACCAAGAUGCUAGUUGCUUUUGCACAUAUUUGUUUAUUGGUUUUGCAAUGUGUUGAUGCCAUUGAGUAAAAGAUUAGGAAGAUUAAAUUUACCGCUGCCCAUAACAACCAAUCCAAGUAACGCAAAGAGGCCUAAAUCUGAUUUAAAGGCCUUUAAAAAAAAAAAAUGUCCCACAAUACGAUAUUAGUACAUUUUGAUGGCUACCCUAGAGCCUGCUACAGAUACAUUCUUCCCAGAGAGCAUGAAGCCCAAUAGCCAGCAGACAUUUGAUGAAUAAUCACUGCAAAAACAACAAUACAGUGUAAUAAUAUUCACAUGAAUUGAGUUGUAUUAACAUCUUAAAGAUGUGGACCAAAUUUUUUAUCAGUUGGUGGCAUACGUGAUAUCGAUUACUACAUGAUAUAUUUUCUGUCAUAUUAAUUGUUCAUAUCAAAGAAGAAUGUAACCCCUUGGGAUUUUUUUGUGGUUGUUCAUAUUUCACGUAUUGAUGAGGUAUGGCCUUUUGAAGCUUUUUUUCAAGCUGGAUGUUCGAAAUAGGAUUCGUAACUCGUGUCAUGCUUCUUUAGUGUAGUAGUGUCAUAACGUCAGCGUCUCCCAUAGGACAUUGUAAGAUCCCCCUCAGUGAUAAAUCGGACAUUCAGUGUGCUCUCGAAGUGUAGCUAGCUGUAUGUUACAGAAAGCGUAGGUUUUUUAAUCAGACAGUCAAGCUUUUUUGGAAAAAAAUGCACCUGCAGUCAAAUGUGAGGGGCAUUUAUAUAUACACAUGUAUUUAAUUAAGAAUAUUUUGUUUAGGUUUUGUUGCCUGCUUUGGCUUGCGAUUUCUUUAUCUUCCUGAUCAAAUACUCCUUAUAUAUAAAAAUAAUGAACUUGGAGCUGUUGUAGUACAGGUAGUUAACAUCACAAUUAAGGAACCCUGACUUAUAUGCUGCAGUAAUGUUGUUUUGUCAGUUUUGUUUUCUUUUAUGUGUGCUCCUAGUUGGUUUUUAUUUUUAUUAUUGUUAUGAAACAACCUUGUUUGAAUUGUAUGACUGCUGUUUUGAAAUAGGUGAUACGUUUAAAAAAAAAUUUUUUUUUAAUGUAUGUACAAGGAAGUUUUAUAAUUUGACUUGUCAAACACUGGACUGAGUUUUCCAACAUUUCCAAGUUGAGAGCUAUUAUAUGAGAGACAUUAACCGACUGCACAGAAUAAAGCCUUAUCACACCCAUUAACUGACAGAUGAAGCAUGUCCACACUGCUGGAGAAGGAAUAGUGACACCAUUUUUAAAAAUGGAAAUUGCUAAUUAUAUUUGCACCAUUUUAAUUAAGUUCAAUAAGGUGCUGAAUAUAUCUGCUAAAUUGUUGCAUUUGUCAGGCUUAUUCAAAUUUGUCCGUCAUUAUUAUACAAUAACAAUUUCAAAAUUCUCUGUUCUAACAAAAGACUGUUCUAAUAAGUAUAUGCUGAAAUAUCAAAAGGGAUACCACUUAAUAGCAAUUCAAUAAUCAAACUAAACCACUCAGUAUAUGUCGUCUUAAUGUUAAAGUCUUUUGCAGAGUCAACUACCACUUAUCAAACCAGAAAAGAGAUUUGCACUAAUCAUAUUUUGGUCUUUGUUGAUGGAAAGCAAUACAACACAGAACAUUUGACACAUUCUUCAAGCCACAGUAUUUGAAAUAAAAGCGCUGUCUGUGUACAGGUGUAAUGCUGUGUAAAAGGUUAUGUUUUAAAAGUUUUUUUUUUAUUUAAAAAAAAAAAGAUUUUUGUUUAAAGGUACAGAAUGGAAACCUGUUGUCUUUGAGACACAUUAUGAACUUGGACACGCACAUAUUGUUGUUUAGAGUUGACAUGUUUGACCAAUCAGACAUUCUGUUUCCUCUUGUGAUUGUUUUGGACUAAAUGAAAUUGCUCUUACAAGCCCUAAGUGAGGGACAGGAAGGAGUUGAGAGUCACAAGAUGUCCCAUAAACAUGCACUCAAUUGUAAAAUGUCCUCAUCAGAAAAAGAUGGUGGUAACGGAACCAAAGGUAAUAAAAGUUUAUGUUAUGUAGACAAUAUUUUCUUUCAAAUGAUGCCAACAUAACACAUUAAACUUCCUCCAUGUUAAAACAUUCAAUUUCUUCACUGAUUUACUUAUUUUUCUGUUUUAAAACACUCAUAUGUAAAGAUCUGAGGUCAGGUCGGAGUACAUCUUUCUGGGACAUUAUUGAUAACAUUUUUGAAAAUGGGAGAAAAAAAAGACUACAACAUUUCUGUAGAAAAACACUGAUGGAUGGGAAAUGCCUCUUUCCUUGUCAAUUUUAACAUCAGUUUAGUCAUCCAAAGAAUCAAAGUCCACCCAAACAUAUUAGAAUUCAUAAUUAUCCGUAAGGAAAUAGACAUCAAGAGUAGUGGGGUGAAAUAUUGUUGAAGUCGAAAUGUUCUGAAUUGAUAAUUAUAAACCAUCAAUCAUUUAUGAUAGCAAUCAUGAUAAUUAUAAUUUUUGGUAUCUGGGAAUAGUAGCUUUCCUGUUAUAACCGCUUUGUGGUGUUAUUGAAAGGUGUUGCAGUUUGUCUAAAUAUGAAGCAUAAGUAUGUGCCUUCUUGUAAUCUCCUUGGUGAGCUUGUUAUUAUUGAGAAGCUGAAGCCAGCCAAUAGUGUUUGCACUAAAACCAAAUUGCUUUUGUGAUGUAGGCUAUUUAAGCAAGCUUGUUGCAUCACUUUAACCGUACAGUAUGCAUGAGGGUGAAAUUGGUAAAUUCUACGGCUAGCGCUCCCAUCUGUUGAUCUGUUAACUAGUGCAGCUUAGUGAAUACCCCGACUAUAUAUCAGCUUUGUACUGCGUUCCGUUUCUGAUUCCAUCUCAUUCAUUACUCUUCUAAUUUCUCAAGACGCAUGUUCCACAUGAAAUAACCUCUGUGGAAUAUCCAUACUCUAAAAGACAAAGCAAAUGACAUAACAAAUCAAACACAGCUCUCCUUUUUCUUUUCAUAUGCCACAGCUGAAGAGCUGCAAUACUAGUUGUAAGAGAUAUUCAACCAUUCUCUCAACCCACGGGGAUGCAUGAGUACAAGAGGCUACUUCGAGACUUGGUCAACUUUAUUUUGAUUGUUUUUAAAAAAAGUUUGUGUUUCUAAGUUAUUUUAGUCAGUUUGAAAUCAUAAGAGAAAUAAAUAGCUACAUGCUUUGAGUCUUACAAAUGCACCUUUAUUCAUGUCAGUCUGAGUGGAAAAGGCUGGUUAUGUAAUAUGUCUGAUUUAGCACCUUACUACACAGCAUGUUUUCACUAUAUGCCAGUUUUGCUACUCUUCCGUGCAUAUGAUUUCCAAAACAAACCUUAUAUAUUUUGUGAAAAUGUUUAAAGGGAUGUGCCAAAGUUAGGAGGCGAUCUCCCGAGUGUUUAAAGCUUAUAAUCUUUUUCUUUCUUCCUCCUUCAGUUAUCACAAUGGUAUGUCAGACCUUUCCUAUCAAUGUGUGAAAGCAAGUUAUUUCAGCAAACAGUAUCAUUACCUGCCAUUUUACAGUAAGCCCUGUAUUUCACGUAUAUUUACCAGUGAUGUGUAUUUGUUAUUAUAAAGAAAAAUAGCCGUAAAGCUUCAUUAUGUUACAUAAUAUUGUGACUUUUUUCGAAAAACUGUGAAGACUUAUCUUGCAUAUACUUUAUACAGAAGUAUUAAGCCUUAAUACAAAAUACUAAAAAAAGUGUGGAAGAAUAAACUGAUUGUUGCUAAGUAAGGAUGAUUUUUUGUAAAUGUUACCAGCACUUUUUUUGUAAUUUUCACUCUCUGAGGUAUUGUACAAGUUCACGCUGUUUGUGAAGUUUGAUUAUGAAGGAAUAAAAAACUAGUACUUUCCUGUACUUCACAGAAA